AUGCUGAAAUAUGUAAAAGCAAUUCCAGGAGCCUUUACUCCUACCAAAGGAUCUCCUAGAGCUGCAGGAUUUGAUUUAAGGAGUGUCUACAGUAUAACUGUACCUGCAAGGGAUAAGGCGCUCAUAAAUACAGGUCUGAAAUUUGAAUUGCCUUCAGGAUGCUAUGGAAGAAUAGCACCUAGAUCAGGAUUAGCUUCAAAAAACGGCAUCAAUGUUGGAGCUGGUGUUAUCGAUCAAGAUUAUAGGGGAAUUGUGAUGGUUCUACUCUUCAACCAUUCGAAUGAAGACUUUCAAGUAAACGUUGGAGAUCGUAUAGCUCAAUUAAUUUGUGAGCGUAUACACUAUCCUGAAUUGGUUGAGGAAAAAGAACUUACCCAUACAGAACGCAACACCAAUGGUUUUGGAUCAACAGGGCGAUAAUAAAAACCUAGCUCUAAGUGUUUUUUUUAUAUAACUUGCCUAUAAAUAUUAUUGUAAUGAAUAUAUUUAUUAAGUAUAUUAAGCCUAUUAAAAAAAUAGAAGCAUUUAUGCUAGAGAAAUUUUCUCAAAUCGUGGUAUAAAAUGUAAAGAUUAUAUUAUUUUACUUUAGUAUCCAUAAUAGUUAAGACAGAUAGAGAGCGUGAAAAAUUUUAUUAAUAAAAAAAUUAAUAAGAAUGGUAAAUACAAGUCUUCCGCAAGAAGUAUCAGAAGAUAUUCG